AUGCCUCCAAGUCCAAAACGCGCGGCUUCGGAGCGCCAUUCGCGCGCAAAGCAGGCCGCAGAAGCAAAGCAAAUCUCGGACCGUAUAGACGCCAUGCUCGAGGCAGAACGCGCCUCGGUCGCAAAACACAAGUCUGUCGUCAGAAUCCUCUUGUUGGGUCAAAGUGAAUCUGGAAAGAGUACCGUCCUCAAAAACUUUCAACUCAUGUACGCCCGCGAGGCGUUUGCCCGGGAUCGUGAAAACUGGAAAGGUGUGAUCCUACUCAACGUCGUGAGAUGCAUGCAACGCGUCGUCGAUGCACUCUUCCAAGCAGACGCGGCGGACGAAGACGACUCUGCCGAUGAAUUUUCGCCGGAUGCACCCCCUCCCAUCUCGUCCCUAUUGCAUGAUUCACACCGUCGUAUCUGCCUGCGUCUCAGGGCCUCUCUCGAUGUCGCAGAACGUGGUCUUAAGGCCCGCCUUUCUCCAAACUUUGCAAACCUCCCACGCUCACGACCGGCUACGGCCGAACAACAUCUGGUCGACACAGAAGCAGAAACAGAACUCGCCGUCCAAGCACACUCUUGGAAUCUCGGAACAAAAGAGGCGGUGAAUGUCAAACAACGUCGUCUCAGCGUCCUCCCCCAAGAGAUUCCGAUAGACCCGAGUGAUCCAAAUGACCCCACACACCUAAUUAGGAUGUGCCGAGAUGAUAUGAUAGACCUGUGGAAUGACCUGGCUGUCCAAGAAGUCCUCGCAAGAAGAAGAGUCAGAUGGCAGGAGUGGCCUGGCUUCUUCUUAAAUGACCUCGAGCGCGUUACAUCAAGUUCCUAUCAUCCAACAGACGAUGACGUCGUUCGCGCACGGCUAAAAACUAUGGGGGUCUCGGAUUAUUCCUUUGUCAUUGAUCGAGGUUCAAGGGGCACCUAUCUAUGGCGAAUAUUCGAUGUCGGCGGGGAAGACUCGCUCCUACUCUGGAAAUCGGUCGUUUCGAAUCGGUUACUUGCCGACGUCGACUUUAUCCUUUUUCUGAACAAGGUUGACAUCCUCAGCGCCAAACUGAGAAGCGGGGUAAAGGUGCAGAAGUAUGUUCGUAGUUAUCGAGACCGGCCAAAUACGGCUGAAGCGGCGGCAAAGUAUUUCAAAGAAAAAUUCCACGCUAUUCUGCGAGAGUAUUCUCCAAAGAAACGACCAUUCUAUUGUUAUCUUACCUCUGCCAUUGACACCAAGGCUACAAAUGUGAUUCUCGAUAAUGUCGGUGAAAGUAUCCUGCGGAAGAAUCUUCAGACGAUCGGCGUUCUCUGA